UUCUCAUUGUUACUACAGGACGACUAGAAUUAAGUCUGAGGCCGGUAACAUCAACAGUGACGACAAACCCAGCCUGCCUCUCUCCUUCCACACUGAGUCCAAACCUACAGUCACUGGGUCCUGAUUGUGACAGUGGGGCCCAGUUUGCACUGCAGGAUCCAGAGAUGGCAUCAGUGAAGCUGGAAGACUGCAGUCAAACACUGGAGCUGAAUGUCAACAUUAAAGAUGAAGAAGAGGAGGAGAAGAUUGGGACAUCUGUUUCUCAUGGAGACCACGUUGAGACAUUCCCUGCAUCCAGACAACAACAGCAGGAAGAUCACAGAGCUAAGAGGUCUCACCACUGCCCACAUUGUGUGGAGAUUUUCCCAUUUCUAUCAAAGCUAAAAGCACACCUAAAAAUACACACAGGAGAGAAGCCUUACUCCUGCUCUGACUGUGGGGUGAGUUUCUCUCGACUGGGCCACUUAAAAAGACAUGAACAUAUACAUACAGGAGAGAAGCCUUGCUUCUGCUCUGACUGUGGGAAGAGUUUUUCUCGACUGGACCUCUUAAAAAAGCAUGAACUUAUACAUACAGGAGAGAAGCCUUACUCCUGCCCUGACUGUGGAAGGAGUUUUUCUCGACUGAGCCACUUAAAAAAACAUGAAUUUAUACAUACAGUAGUGAAGCCUUACCCCUGCUCUGACUGUGUAAAAUGCUUCACAACAUCAGCUCAGCUAAAAGUUCAUCAGAGAACACACACAGGUGAGAAGCCGUACUCCUGCUCUGACUGUGGAAAGAUUUUCUCUCAACUGGGCCACUUAAAAAGACACGAACAUAUACAUACAGGAGUGAAUACUUAUGCCUGCUCUAACUGUGUGAAAUGCUUCAUUACAUCAACUGAUCUAAAAGUUCAUCAGAGAACACACACAGGAGAGAAGCCUUACUCCUGCUCUGACUGUGGAAAGAGUUUCUCUCUACUGGGCAACUUAAAAAGACAUGAACGUAUACAUACAGGAGUGAAGCCUUACUCCUGCUCUGAUUGUGGAAAGAGUUUCUCGCAAAUGGGCCAGUUGAAAAGACACCAAGCUAAACAUAAAGGAGAGAAGACUUACCACUCGUAAUGUGGCAAGAGUAACUCAAGUGAAAGUCACCAAGUAAAGUACUACUUGUGUAAAAAGCUGAAAUUAUUUGGUUGUAAAUACACUUAUGUAUCAAAAGUAGAAGUAUGAAUCAUUUCAAAUUCCUUAACUUAACCUCUGGGUGUCCCUAAACCGGGACGGUUGUUGCUAACGUGCGCUAAUGUGACUAGAAUGACGUUGAA